AUGCCAGCUCUGCUGUACGCCCAGGCACAGUACCAGGAACAGUUUCCCUUCCUUGGGAACUAUGAUUAUUUCACAGAGGGUCAGGAGUCUGAAAAUCCCGACUCUCUCCCUGGAUCAUUCCAACAGCAGGUUCAACUCGAGCCCGUGCUCCGUCCAGAAAAAACAGAUAACGAUUUGGAGACAGAGCCGACAGAGCCUGGCCCUCUCGACUGCAGGGAGGAGCAGUAUCCCUGCACCAGACUAUAUUCAGUCCACAAGCCAUGCAAGCAGUGCCUCAACAGCCUCUGCUUCUACAGUUUGAGACGGGUCUAUGUCAUCAACAAAGAGAUCUGCAUGCGGACCGUGUGUGCACAUGAAGAACUUCUCCGAGCGGACCUGUGUCGUGACCAGUUCUCCCGCUGCGGCGUGAUGGCGCUGAGCGGUCAGUGCGCGUCCGUAGGAGGAAGCUGUGGAAAGAGCUGUGGUGGCUGCUGA